GCUGCCUUCCGUUCGUCACUCAAAGGUACGCUUGAGUACCCAACGCACACAGUAAGUGCACUCGGGCUGAGCUGUCGCCAUCCAUGGCGGAGCCACCCAACAACACCAGUAGCCAGUCAUGCCGCAAGACCAUCCUGGGCUCCUCAGCCCGCAAGCGGCGCAGCUCGGGCAGAGUGUCCCACCUCAACGUCCCUCAGCUGCUGUCCGUCGACCCAACACCCGAAAGCUCGGCUUCCGUGCCUGCCAGCUACUGUUCUGAGGCCGGGGAGGCCUUGUUGGAGGACAUCAUCGAGCACGAGCAGGAGCACGAGCAUGACCAGCACCACGAUGAGGGCAACGGCCAUGAGGACAAGAUGGCCCUCGACUGGCGGUGGCUCGUGCAGUGCUCGGAGCGCAGGAUUGCUGACGCCAAGAGGCUUCUCACAGACAAUGAAAGGAGCCUCUUCAAGAACGGCAAGAAGCUGGGCCAGUUCAUGAGCUACGUGCCCAGGACCAUCCAGGUGCAUUCCGCACGACCUUACACCCGCACGUUCGUUCCAUACAAACAUUGUGUCUGCAGGAGGCGAUAGCCGACAACGAGAUCCCCAUAUCUGACCGUUCGGGCAUCGUUAUCGAUCGGUUCCCGGCUGCAGUGGCCUUUGUGGAUGCGAGCGGCUUCACGACACUCACGGACGAGCUCAGUAGAUUCCCAAAUGGGGCGGAACUGCUGGGAGAGGUCAGCCUGACUGAGUUGCGUCUGGCCAUCCAUAUGUUUGUCUGGGGUUGUUUUCGAUGCCUGGCGGUCUGUCUGUGUCAUUGCCUGCGUGUCUCACGUAGGUGCUGAACGGCUUCUUCACCUUUUUGAUCGAGCGAGUGUGCGACUACGGAGGGGACAUAUUCAAGUUUUCAGGUGAAGAUUCCUUAGAGACAUGCAUGUGCUAUCGGCCGUCCAUCCGUCAUAUGUGUUUCCCUCCCUGCAGGUGACGCCGUGACGAUCUUGUGGCCAGCCGACGACACCGACAAUGAGGGCGGCACAUCCGACCCGCAGUCGCCACCCCAAGUCAAUGCCUACCUCCCUCCCCGUCCCCGGUCUGAGUUCUUCACCCCCACAUCCGCACGCGGCUCUGAGCCAUCCAUUUCCGGCGGUGUGUCGCGGCCGUCCGCUUCGACCAUCGGCGGGCAGAGCAUCUGCUCGCUGCCCAAAACGACGUCGCUGUCGUCCGUUUCAUCUGCCUCCGGGGGGCUGACCGGUGGCACCCGGGGCAAGCGACGGACCCUUGCCUACUACGGCUUUCGCUUCUCCCAGGACGAGGACGAGGGGGACGAUGGCGCCGACCCGCUUCGACCGAGGGUGUCGGAUUCCUCGUUCGGGGAAGACACCGACAACGUCGGGAACUCAUCGCCUGACAGCGCUCCCUUGUUUCCGCCGUCGCCGCCGCCCGGCGUGCUAUCGCCUCCGACGGGCAUGUCGGUGCAGUCGUCUGCGAUGAAGAAGGAUGCAUGUAAGAGGGUGCCCUCAUCCACAGUCAUCUUCAAAAUCCCCGAGCACCAACAGGACGACCGGCAGUUCUCCAAGUACCGACAAGUGCCGGCAGACUUCGUGGUCGACGUUCGUCAGGCUUUGCGGUACGCGCUGCAGUGCUGCCAGGAGCUGCAGAAACGGCUGCAUCGCUACCAAACCAAGUACUCGGGGCUGACGCUGUCGCUGCACAUCGGGGUCGGGGUGGGGGAGGUGACCAUGCUGCAGGUCGGGGGGGGGCGUCAUCGACCGAUGGGAGUACGUCCUCGCUGGGCCGCCUCUCCACCAAAUCAGCAUUGCUGAGCCGCUCGCCAAUGUACGCCAGACAUGUUUAUUUUGACUCCGUCUUCGCCUGGCUGAUUCUCUCCAUCGUUUGAUUCAUCAGAUCGGAGACACCGUGCUGUCUCCGCAAGUGACCAACAUACUGGGGGACGAGCUCAUCUCGACUCCAGUGCCCGACAGCCGCUUCAGGACAAAGUGUGGGAUCGAAGUCAGCCAGAAGGGUUUUGCGUUUUUUAAUGGCCUCAAGGGGCCGUCCGUCAGCCCACCGCCGAAGCUGCUGCCUCUUGAUCUUACCAAGGCCGAUGCAAGGCUGCUGAGCAGGUCGGGUGGAGCUCGGCAAAAUACAUCAGCGAGGCGGCAAACCAGUGUGCUCUCUGUCGGCUAUGUUUGAAGGUACAUACCCCAGGCUGUAUAUCGCCGUCUUUUGUCAGGGCAUGAUGCAUCCAUUGAGGAAAUGAGAAUGGUGAGACACAGAUCCGGCCCGCCGACCCGUUUAACGUUGGAAUGUGUUGUUGCUGUUGUUGGCAGCUGACUGUCGUGUUUGUGUGUAUCCAUGACCUGGACGUGUCGACUCAUGAGGGUUCCGAGGUGGCUCAGGCUCUCAUGGCCACCGUGCAGAAGUCCGUCUACACGCAGGAGGGGUCGGUCAACAAGUUUCUUCAGGACGACAAGGGCGUUUUGCUGCUGAUUUUGUUCGGGCUGCCUCCAUUGCACCACAGCGAUGAUGCAAUUAGAGGUCCCCUGCGCUGCAUCAAACAAUGAAUGGAGGCGAUGCUCUUGCUCCCACGCAUUCAUGCUCGCAUACUUGUGUGUGCAGGUCUGUUGGCUUCGCUGCGUAUACUUGACAGUUUGAAAGACUUGGGAUUGGAGGGCUCGCUGGGCCUCGCCACCGGGCGUGUCUGGUGCGGGGUGAGACAGCGACAGCAUACAUAGACAAACACGGCUGAGAGGAAGACACGCAUACAGGAGAUGUUGCCACGUCUUGUGUCGACCUCAGACUGUGGGAUGCCACCUGAGGAAGGAGUACACAGCUUUGGGCGACACCGUCAACAUCGCUGCCCGUCUCAUGUGUCAUGCGCCUGCAGGCGCGAUCUACUGCGACAGGCAGGCAACAGAGCGACACACAGCUCAGCGGGCAGUUUGAGAGACAGUCACCGCGCGAGUGAGGAAUUGUGCGUUUGCUUGUGUGCAGGGCGACGCAUGAUCGGUGUGAGAACUAUAUGGAGUUUGAGUCGUUGGAGGCCAUCCAGGUCAAGGGCAGGAGAGGCAUCAUUGAAGUCUUCAGACCCACUGGCAGCCUCAAGCUGAGAGCACUCAGACAAGCACAGCAGAACCAACCGGUAUGAUCAAUCAAUCAAUCAUUCGACCGAUCACAGAAGAGAGGCAUUUCAUUUUCCCACUUGAUAGGUCUGUCUGUCUGUCUGUCUGCCUGCCUGUCUGCCAGAAGGGCAACUUGGAGUUGUGGGAGGAGUGGCGGGAGCGCAAGCGGCUGUUCCGUGUGAUGGCAGGUUGUUCGUCUGACAUCACGAUGGAGGGCAAGGACGAGACCAACCAGGAGCUGUUCGACGCCAUCAAGACACCCAAAGUCUCUAAAAGAGCCAUCUCGGUGUCUUUCAAGGACGACGGACACGCCAACAGCACCAGCAACACGACCACAAACCUAGCGCCAUGUAGCGAAGGGCUCCACGGUGACGACAUCUUCGCAGACGCGUCGGUGGCCACAUCGAUGCACCGGCGGAUGUCGCGUCGGAAAAGCAAGAGUGUCAGCGAUCACCACCACCACCAUUCGCGGAUCGAGGAGGGGCUGCUCAGUGUCGGUGGAGUCAUCGCCGUUACCGGGAAAGAGGGCUUCGGCAAAACAGAGCUUUCUCUCUUCGCACGCAAGGUGGCCGAGGAAAACGGAUUCUCUGUUUUUUCGGGAUGCAACCAGGUCGGUGAGUCGAGCAACGUGUGUAUGCUUGCUCGAUCUGUGUGUGUGUGUGUGUGUGUGUGUGUGUGUCCGUGGUGCGUGAGUGCUUCAGGCGUAUGCGGAGUGCUUUGACUCGGAGAUCACUCAGAUGUCCUUUGGCAUCGUCCCUCUGUUGGCCUGGCGACAAAUCAUCUCACAGAUUGUGCAGGUGAAACAGACAGGCAUUGCAAACAAGUUACUAGACCAUGUCUACCUCUUUGCCUUCAGGAGCUCCGUCACCUGUCACCCACCGACGGCGGUGGGCGGAUGAUGUCCCGAUAUGAAGCGAUAAGAAGCGUGCUACCAGAAACGCUACACCCGUAAGUGCUGCUCGUAGCACACAAAGAAGGCUACAGCCUGGAAGGCGGGCUGCGGCUGGCUGCAGGGAGAUUCCAUAUUUGGACCCGUUUGUGACUGAGCUGCACAUCCCCGACGACGCCCAAUCGCCGACACUAAUGGGAGCGACAAGGAGGGAAUCAUCGCCGACGGUGUCGCCCACGAUGCCGCUGCGGAAAAGGGGAGAAUGGCCGUCGCUCUCUGGGGAGGCGGGGGGUGCUGAUGCCGGUGGGGCCCACCAAUUCAACGAGUGCGUGCCAAUCGCCAAUUCUUUCCUGGAGGCGUUUGCGAGAGACAGGCAGGUGUUCAUCUCACUGCAUGUGAGACAGGGCACCUCUGUUUUUGGACAGGUGAGAUGACGGAGGACCACAGCACCGCCGCACUCUCCGUCGUGUGACCGCAGAUGGAUCGGGAGUCUUGGCGUGUGGCGAAAGCCCUGGCUGACCUGGCCCUCACGAAGCGUCGGCAGAUCAUCGAAGCACACCAGCGGGGGAGGGGGGGACUCCAGGCAGCCGACACAGACGCAGCGACAGAGGACGACACACCGAAGCCACUAGUGUUUCUUCUCAUCUCCAGGUGGCAAGCCAGGCUGGUCUGAAGGUAUACAGCGCCAUACUCAUUGCUUGUCCCGUGUGGCGUCUGCCAGAGACGCGUCGUCAAUCGCCUACCCCGAGAAUCACGACGUGGUAGCGGCGGCUGAAUCAUGCAGUGCUCUCUUCCAGAGCGGUGAGGCGGGACAAACGUCAAUAUUUGAAAGGUCAAUCCAUUUAGUGUCGUGCCUCAUGUAUGUUCCUGCGUCCGUCAGGCCCUCUUUCUCAAGAUGACUGCGCUGAGUGGUUCGCCUUCACCCUCGGCUGCGACCCACAGUGAGCUUCGCGCGCACACACAGACGCACAUUCGUCCGAGCAGGUGUGCCGUGCCCGUGCUCUUGUCUUUCGUGGUUUCAUGCAGGUCUGUGCCAGACGACGUCAAGUCGUAUCUUUUCUUGCUGACGGGCGGUGUGCCCAAGUUUGUGGAAAAGACUGUCGAGAUGCUGCUGAAGGAGGGGGCGUUGGAGGUGCGCCAAGACCCAUCAAAGCCAAGCGCCCCCGGACAGCUCGUGAUCCUCAAAACCAUCGACUCUGUCCCGAUCGCGCCUGAGCUGGUGGACGCCAAUGGACGGAUGCAGGACAGGCAGGCAUUUGUAUCAUGAUGUCCUGCCUGCUGCAGAUGGGCAAGGCCAUGUCUCAGCUGGAAAGCCUCGAGCCCGACGCCAUCAUGGCCGUCAAAGUAGGAGACACGGCUGCUCGAGGCUUCGAGGAGAAUUGAACCGUCUCCUCUUCGCUGGAUGGCAGGUGGCAAGUGCGUUGCCCAGUUGCUUCACCGUUGGCGACCUGUACCACACUUUCCCUUCGGACAUCAGAUGGAGAAGGUCAGUCACAUAACGACCAUCAGGAAAAGCAACGAACACUCCAGCUUUCCCUUUUGCAGGCUGGUGGAUCUGUGCAAGAUGCUGGUGGAUGAGAACAUUUUCUCUGUCGUGCCGGGCGAUGACGACAGCGAUGCCGACUCUAAUGAUGAGGAGACCGAUCGCUUCCCGUUAUCACGUCGGUACUCCGACGAGAUUUCCGCGAUCUCUCUGCAGUCGUCGAGAUCAUCCGCUUUGUCCUACCAUCGCACGUCAAGAGAGAUCCGGAAACUGGGGAGGUCCAGGCACACCAAGCCGGCGCACGCGCUUCCCGUCAUGCCGAAAUCUUCGUCUCGGCAGUUCACUUCGAUGCUGUCCACUCCUUCUGUGUUUGGAGGGAGCCCGGACCGACAGCAGAAGAAGAGCGGAGGCAAGAGCUUGGGGAGUGUCCACGCAAGCAUACCCGAGGAGAAUGAAGACGACGAAGGCGGCGACAACGAGACCAGCGUUCCGCCGGGAGAUGAUGAGCAGCGGGCUGUGGGCCAUUUCCAUCGCAGCGACUCUCUGCCACAGUCGUGUGCGGUAGCCAGGGCACACUUGGAGUUUCAUAACCAUCUCAUCCAAAAGGUGGGUUGACAUACACCCACCUUCAACACCUUUUUGCAUUUCUGGCUGUUCGUGUUGUGUGUGUCUCGUGCAGGUCGCUUCUUCCCUGAUGCUGAAUCAAGAGAGAAGGCGCAUUGAGCGCACCAAGACCAUCAUGGGAGGCAGGCCGUCCACAUAGAUGCCGGUCGUCAGACAGAGGGCGUCGAGCGGCAGAGAAACCAUCAGCCCCACCAGGGGAGAGUGAGACGCCACAAAACCACAACGACGCGCCACCGCAUGAAAUAGAUCUAUAUGGGGCGGUUUGCAGGGAAGGGAAGGUUUAAGGUGCUGUCGUUUUUAUGGAUUUUGUCAUGCAACGCACCCCUCCUAGUGAAAUGUCCAUUUCGAUGCCCAUCGAUUCAAGGGAGAUAUACGUGGCUUGUGUCCGUUCCGUGCAGUGAUAUAUAUACAGUCCGAGCAGUGUCCGUCUGUCUGUCUCUUCUUCUAAAGGGUCUGUUCCCAGCUGGGUGUGGUGUGUCCAUUGAUUAACAGACAGACUUGUCUGUCUGUUCUGCUAAAGAAAGAAAGAAAUGUCACUUACUGUGUGCAAGAAAGACAAUUGACCAUUGAUUGACACUCUUGCUCAGCCUGUCAGUCAUGUCACAUCAAGCUUGGAGUACAGUAAGUACAUGCGUCGAAUCAGUUCGUAUCUCUGCUUGCAUUCGAUCUGUCAAGGGUACUUGUGCGUCGGAAGCUUUCCCGCCAUGACAUGCAUGGUUGGCAAUCCUGACAUGGUUGGCAGCGCCUCACUUAACCCUGUCCGUGCCUGGCUUGGC